UUUUUCCCCUGUUUAUAAGUUCACCAGUCACAAUGCUACAUGUCUUUUAUUCGGCGUACGUCGAAAGAACAAUCGAGCGGCAACGAGCCAAACUACCGCUCUGCGCAUUUCCGUGAAGCCUCGGUUAGUUUCCGUCCAGAUGAGUCAUUUCUCAAGGAGAGCGGACAGAGAAGCCGGCGGGGAGCGAUUUCCCUUCACAUCACACCGGAGUCCCGCUGCGACACGACACCAGCGAGCCCGUCGUCCUCAUCCGCAUCAUGUCGGUACCGCAGGCCAGCGAGGCAGCAGCGUCCCCUCUUCAGAUAUGCAGGAUCAUGCGGCCGGAUGACGCCAACAUUGUGGGCAACGUCCACGGCGGCAUCAUCCUGAAGAUGAUCGAGGAGGCCGGAUGCAUCGUCGGCACGCGACACUGCAACGCACAGAGCGGGGACCGCUGCUUGGCGGCUCUGGUUCGGGUGGAGAAAACAGAGUUCCUGUCCCCUAUGUUCAUUGGCGAGGUUGCCCACGUCACGGCUGAGAUCACUUACACCUCUAAGCACUCACUGGAGGUGCAGGUCAAAGUCAUCGCCGAAAACAUCCUCACAGGUACCAAAAAGCUGGCCAACAAGGCCGCGCUGUGGUACGUCCCCUGCUCGCUGCAGAAUGUCAACAAGGUCAUGGAUGUGCCGCCCAUCAAGUAUGCCAGUGAAGUGCAAGAGGAGCAGGGCAGAAAGCGCUACGAGGCUCAGAAGCUGGAGAGACUGGAGACCAAAGCAAGGACUGAAAAGGUGUUGCCACCUCCAGCAAACCCAGAAGAUCCACCAAAGGAAAAACACACAGUUGGUUUCAGCCAGUCCAGUCUGAUCCAUUUGGUGGGCCCCUCUGACUGUACGCUGCACAGCUACGUUCAUGGCGGUGUGACCAUGAAGCUGAUGGAUGAGGUCGCCGGCAUUGUGGCCUUUCGGCACUGCAACACCAACAUUGUCACGGCCUCUGUGGAUGCCAUCAAUUUCCAUCGCAAGAUUAACAAAGGCUGCGUGGUGACGGUGACGGGGCGGCUCACAUUCGUCAGUAACAGGUCUAUGGAAAUUGAAGUGUUGGUCGAUGCUUCCUCCCUGGUGGAGGCAGACCAAUAUCGUGCUGUCUCUGCCUUCUUCACCUUCAUCUCCCUGGACAAGGACAAUAAACCUCUGCCUGUCCCAGCUCUUACGAUUAGCGGAGUGGAGGAGCAGAGACGUUUCGACGAAGGCAAGGCCCGUUACCUCCAAAGUAAAGCAAAGAGAGUUGCAGAUAAGGAGCCCCAGCAGUGAAACGUCUGCUGCAACAAUAUGAACCCCCACAGUAUGAAGGAAUUAAAAAACAUCUCCCCCUGUUCCGUUGUUGUAGAAACCUGUGGUAAUGCUUCUUGUCCACAUAUGGCUGUACAUGUAUUUAAAAUUAAAAGUGCACCUUUUGAAUUGUGGAUAUUUGAAAUGAUGUAUCAAGAAAACUCAUGAUCCAAAAUGACAGUCUGACUGUAGAAGAGAACUAUUUUAUUUUUGGAAGAUUGUUACGUAUGAAGACUUCUUGUUUGGUGUCAGUGCAAAGCGAUAGUUGGAAAUGUGUCAAUAAGUGAGUGAAUAAUAAUGAAUAAAAGAUCCAAGCGUGA